CCGCGGCUCGCCCGGCCUCUCAGGCCUUGCCCAAAGAUGGCGGCGGCCGCCUGGGCCCGCGGCUCCUUGACGGCGCGGCUGCCGCGGAGGCUGCCUCUCUGGCCGGGCGGCGUGGCGGCGGGAUACGCCACCGCAGUGAGGGUUGACGCGAAAGGCCGCCGGGCCCCAGGUGUAUCAGUACGGAAGGGAAGGCCAUUACCAAAUGGAAGACGAAGGAGAGAGCCUGGAACUCCUAGGACUGAGAAGAUGGAGGUGGAUCAGGACUGGACCAGUGUGUACCCAGCUGCAUGUGCUUUUAAGCCUUCUUCCGUGCCUCUCCCCAUUCGGAUGGGCUACCCAGUGAAAAGAGGAGCACCUCCUGGGAAAGAAGGCAACUUGGAACUUAUAAAGAUCCCCAAUUUCUUGCAUCUAACACCAGUUGCCAUCAGGAAACACUGUGCUGCUCUUAAAGACUUCUGCACAGAGUGGCCAGCUGCCCUGGAUAAUGAUGAGAAAUGUAUUCAGGAUUUUCCCAUUGGAAUCGAAACCACCGACUACGUUUCAGCAGGCCCAUCUGUUCGUAACCCUAAAGCAAGAGUGGUGACCUUAACAGUAAAGCUCUCAAGCCUCAACUUGGAUGGCCAUGCAAAGAAGAAGCUCAUUAAACUUGUAGGGGAGAGAUACUGCAAGGACACAGAUACCCUGACCAUUACAACAGACAGGUGCCCAUUAAGAAGGCAAAACUAUGACUACGGAAUAUACCUUCUGACAGUGCUGUUCCAUGAAUCAUGGAAAACCGAACCGUGGGAAAAAGAAAAGACUGAUGCUGACAUGGAGGAAUAUAUCUGGGAGAAUAGUGCCUCUGAAAAGAACGUUUUGGACACACUGUUUCGAAUCAGAGCAGCUGAAACUACUGAGGAAACCAGCAGAGAGGCACUCCUUGCCUGGGAUAUUGUACAAGACUACAAAAAAUCAAUGGUGGUGUUAAAGAAUGAAGGAGAAACCGAGAAGAACCUUUCAGAGUAUAAGGAGUGUGUGAAACGAUUAUUAAACUUGAAUGCCUCGUAGUGAAAA